ACUCAUCUUGGACUCUAAUAUAUAAAUAUCUCGCCACCGCCGGCCUUAUUCUGAUAUAUUCAAGUUUCACCAAAUAUCAAACCCCCCUCCCAUGGAUUUCUUCAAGUCCGUCUUCUCCGACGAUCCCGAUCCCUCCGACGACGACUCUAACUCACUCACCCAAAACGACGCCGUCGCCGCCAGCCACGACCCGGAGCAAAGUCCGCAACCGGACUCCGGUACCGGCGCGUGGAGCUUCGGGGGUCUGAUGACGACGCUGGCGACGAGGUCCGAGUCGGUGCUGCAGACCUACCGCCGCGAUCUCGCGGAGCUCGGGUCGGGGCUGAAGAAGGAGACGGCGGUGAUCCGGGAGGUGGCGUCACGCGCCGUGAAGGAGCUCCCUGCUAAGCUGGAUGUCGGCGCGUCGGUGGCGCAGGUGUCGCUGGAGUCGGUCGGGCAGGCGAUCGACGACAUCGGAAGCAGCGUGUGGAAGUCGACGGCGGAGAUCAUCUCUCACGGUAGGGAAGCUAUGGCUGAUGAUAUUGAAUCUGAUAAUAAUUCUGAAAAUAAUGCUAGUGAGAGGAGAUUGAGUAGCAGUGGUAGAUAUAGUAGGUUUGAAGCUCAGGUUAAGGCAAUUCAGAGUAAUAUGAAUACUUACUUGGAGGAACCGGAGGAUUUGGAGAGCUAUGGAGAGUGGAAAUUAGGGUUUGUGUUGGAGGAGAAAGCAGAGGAAAUUGAGAAUUUGAUGAAGGAAAAUGGAGUGAUUGGUGAGAUUCAUGAGGAAAUUGUGCCUGUUAAGGUUGACAAUGGGAGUUUCUGGAGUAGGUACUUUUAUAAGGUGCAUAAGUUGAAGGAAGUGGAGGAUGCUAGAGCUAAGCUUGUGAAGCGUGCCAUUUCCGGUGAAGAAGAGGAUUUGAGUUGGGAUUUCGAUGACGAUGAGGACGAGGAGAAGAAGAAGAAGAAGGAAGAGGGUGAUGGGUUGGAGUCGGAGGCUGGUCCUAGUGGGAGUGUGGAGUUGGAGAAGGGAAACCAGAGUUCUGAUGAUGCUGUGGGUGUUGAAAGUGUGCCGAGGCAGUCCGUCAGCAGUGACAAGUCGGAGGCGAAAUCAGAGGGGAAGACGGAUAGUGGCGAUUCUUGCAAAGAGAGUGAUAUUUCGAUUGUAUCGAGCCAGCCGUCAAUGCCAGGGGAAGAAGAUCUAGGGUGGGAUGAGAUUGAAGAUAUUGGAAGCAGUGAUGAGAAGAAAGGGGAGGCUGUUGGGAGCACAAGUAGAGUCGAUUUGCAUAAGAGGCUUAGUGCUGCAGAGGAAGAGGAGGAUUUGAGCUGGGAUAUCGAAGAUGAUGAUGAAGAUGAUGCUAUUAAAUCAUGAUAAGUUCUCUAUGAUAAUUGUUCAUUUGGUUCAUAUAGUUUACCACGUACAUAAUUGUUCUCAACAUAUGUUCUUUUCAGUACAUAAGUGAUUGCAUUCACAUCAAUGCCACAUUUUAUAGUUCAAUAUAGAAAAUUUGGUUUCGUGUCAA